AUGGGCUCACCUGCGGGGCCACUCACACACGUGUGCGCGCUGCCUGGCCACGCUCGGAUCCCCUCCUUACUUGCUCCCCCACCAUCGGGCUUGCUGGCCGCCCAUCGCCGGCAGGGCCCAGGCCAGGGCGAGGGCGCCAACACAGGUUCCUCCCUGACACAUAGGGGGAGGGGCGGGCCGCGCGGGGGGCGCCCGCUGAUUGGGCGGCCAGCGGGGCCGGAGGCCGGCAGCGCAGGCUCGACCGGGGCGGGGGCAGGGGCGGGCCGCCGGGUCCCAGCAGGAAGCGCCGCGGCCCGGGCUCCCCACCCCUUCCCUCGCCGCCCGGGCCCGCCCUGGGCAGUUGCAGAGGCCUGGCCACCUCGGGAGUACGCCGUCUCUUCCCGACGUGCAGCCCAGGGCCCGGCCCUGUCCCCGGGUGACUGCUCCCCGGCAAGACUGCACAUCUGUGGCAGCAGGCCCAGCUCAGGGCUCGGGGGAGGGUUCGGCCUUGCCCUCAAAGAGCUCCCUCUCCUGCAUGUUCAUCAGACGUUUAUGGACCACCCACCGUCCCUGCACUCACGGGGCUUGCAGUCUAUCUGGCUGAAUCACUUUGGCAGCCAGUGUGAGGAGAGCACAGAAAGGAGACCAGCCCUGGCUGCAACUAGAAUCAACUGGGGAGCUUUUAAAAUAUCAGUGCCUGGCUCUCACCUCCAGAUUGAUGCUAGAUGGUUGUUCUUAAUGGGAAGUGGCUGAAGCAUGUUUACAUGCUGUGUGAAGAGAGACAAUGGGAUCCAGCAUACACAUGAAGAGAGUAGCCUCUGGCUAAGGAGAACAGAAACAGAGUAAGUUCGUCAGUGGAAUGGGAGGAAAUUGAGGGAGUUUUGUCUAAAGGAGUCUAUUUUUUCCUUCAGUCAGAUGUUAGGUAUUUGCUGAACAUGGGGGAUGGGUAGGUGAUAGGAUAACGAAUUGUAGGGAAGUGGUACAGUCUGGAGUAACUGAUGAUGGAAUGCUGGGAAAGCUUGGUGAAGAGAGUGGAAGGCCCCACUGGGUGGGAGACCAGAAGGAGUGCACCAGUUUAGAAGGCUGUGAUGUUUUCCAGCAGAGCUAAGUGAGUGGGAGUCAGGACAGCAGAAACAGGACCAUUUGGGAUCUGCAGGGAAGCGAGAUGGAAAGCCUUGCUUGGGAGAGGGUUCAGUGAAGGCUGAGUAGAUGAAACUAAACCAAGGGUACACUGAUAAACUGGAUAAA